GGACAAGCAUUGAGUCUGAGCUGUGUGUGUCACAGAUAUCUCUUUGUGUGUCUCACAAAGUCUUUUAUCAACUUCAACUGAAGCGUUUCUUCUUGUUCUGUUUUUCCUCCAGGGGUUUUUACAUGGAUACAACCCUGAAGUUUGAGCCUUGAAUUCUUGGGGAUUUGAAGGCAGAGAAGUUUUAUACUGUGGCUGAUUAUUUUGUCACGGAUUUUACGCUUUUUUUAUUUGUGAACCAUCGCAGUGGACAAUGACUUCCAGAAGGCCAAUGACUCGGACUUAUUCUGGCAGUGGGAGGACAAGCAGCUUCAGUGAUGAGGAGGGCAACGGUUCCAAUGGCCGUUCAGAAGGUCGCAGUAGUUACCUCUCCAGUGUUAGGCCUGAAAACAGGAGCACGUUGUGCAGCGUCAUGGCUCAGCUGACCGAGGACAUACAGCCGUCCUUUGACACCACCUUGAAAACCAAGGCAGUGUCGGAAAACUGCAACGUGAAGUUCACCUGUGUGGUGUCAGGUCACCCAGCUCCAGAACUGAAGUGGUAUAAAGAUGAUAUGGAGAUGGACCGUUACUGUGGACUCCCAAAAUAUGAAAUUCUACGGAAUGGAAAAAAUCACACCCUUCAUAUUUACAACUGCACAUUGGACGAUGCAGCCAUCUAUCAAGUGUCAGCCAGCAACAGUAAAGGCAUUGUCUCCUGCUCGGGAGUUCUGGAGGUUGGCACCAUGAGCGAGUUUUUGAUCCACCAGCGUUUCUUUGCCAAGCUGAAGCAGAAAGCAGAGAAUAAGAAGAAAGGUUUUGAAGAUCAUUCCAAAAAGAAUGAUAAAGAAAACAAAACAAAAAGCCCAGAGCGUCCUCCAAGGAAGCGGCACAUCCCGCCACCACCACCGACACAGGAUGAGCCUGGUUCCGGGGGAAAAAUUGGAGCUGUUGCAGAACCUAAUGGUGUAACCGUGGAAGAAAAUGACAGGGAACCUGUCACAUCCGUAGAUAGCGGCCUGGAGAAGGAAGACGCCCUGGCUGAAAAGAAAAUAAAGAUCUCAAAUGGUGUAGAUGUUGGCGUUAGCAGCAACAGUAGCAGUAACAGCAGCAGAAGCCAUAUGAUGGGGAACGGAGGUGAAAACUGUUACGAUGGAGGAAUCGGAUUGGCCCAGUUUUUGGCAGAGGCGCUCCAGUCUCAGGCUGCGGAGGAGAAACAGAACUCUUCUUGUGGGGAGAAACCUAAAGAGAUGAAUGUGAAUGAGGGCAAAGAGAAAGAGAGGAUGCAAAAGGAACGGGAAGAACAAGAGAAAGCUCUGGAGGAAGAGUAUGAGAAAAGAAAAGAAGAGGGCUUGGCUGCAGAAAGAGAGAAUGAAAGAAAACGGUCGUCAGAGAUGUUGCACACAACAGGCCACAGUAAGCAUCACAACAAGGCUCAUAAGGGUCAUGACCAUCACAACAUGCAGGCCUCCCUCUCCUCGAUGCUCCACACCGUCAAAGACUUCUUCUUUGGUAAGAAUAAGAAAGACUCUCAUGAUCACACUGAGAACCAGGAGAACGAGUUUGACCACGACUCACUUCAGCCUCUUCAACCGGAAAUGCCGCCGUCAUUUAGGCUGCACCAGGAACCGUAUCCAGACGUACACAAACCUUCCAGAGAGGAUGUUUUUCCCAUAGAAACCGAUCAUCCACAGGAGCCUUCAGAGGGUGUGGAUAUGGUUCAACUAUCGCAUGAACACAAGAGUGAAGACAGCUUUCUGCACACGGACCAGCCACCAGAUCAUAAACCGCAACCUGAGCCCACAGAAGAGUCCCCAGGUCAGAGUGUCAAGGUCGCUGUUGAGCCAGCGGAGGCCGUGGACCUGUCAGAGGCGACCGGGAGCAGCAGGCCAAGUGAAGACAUGUCAUUGUCCGAGCCUCAAGUCCUCAACGAGAUUGAGCACAAAGAUUCUCAGGAAGUCUCAGAUAUCAACCUGCGAGGACCAGGAUGUCACAUAGAUUCACCUCAGCCAAAUCAACAGACUUCAAGAGAUGAAUCUUCACCCAGAGAAGAUAAAUCUGCCCCUCAAAAGCAGACCACAGCCCCACAUGAAGAAGAACAUCCCCCUGCAUCCCUUAUUGCUGGGUUUGAAGAUAGCUGGAUUCCCCCUAACAGUGUUAUCUCGGUGACAGUCAGCCACAGCCUUGGACCAGCAACCCAAGAGGAGCAGCUGAACAGCGAUUCAAUGGGCGAGGUCACAGAGGGAGGCCCUUCCUCCUCCAGCAAGUUGUGUGAGGAAGAGAAAGCUGAAGUGAAAUUUCCAUGCUCAGAUAUAAAGAGAUCCGAGGUUACUGAAUUAACACCAAAUUCAGUGGAAGAGAGAGUAGAGCCGUGUGAGUACAGGACACCAGAUCAGGCGCUUUCACCUCUGCCUGCGGUAGCCUCGUGCGCUGCAGAGGAAGAUUGUUUAAAAGAAGAGACAGAAUGUACCUCAGACAUUCAGGAAAUGAUUGUAGGAUUUCCGGCUGUCGCAGCCCAAGAGGGUUUGAGUGAGGUUGACCUAAAAUUGCAGCAACAAUGCUCUCCUUCUGCAGGAGAGGAGAGUGAACAAGGCCACAAUGUCAGUGCAGCGCAGAGUUCAAGCGCAGGUUUUAGGAGCAGUGAAGACAGAAGUGACUGGAAAGAGGCGUUGAAUUGUGCUUUAGAGAACAGUUUAGAGGGCAAAUUGCGAAACAACGUGAACACACAAGAGCAGGUGAUUUUAGAAGGCGAGAACACUGAAGCGAGAGGUGAGCGUUCUCAGUUUGAAGAGAUGCAGAAGAAAGUAGAAGAGCUGGAUGAAUCAAAAACAUUUUUAAUAGCAGAAACUGAGGGAAGUGAAGCUGAGGUUUUGGAGGAGCACAGAGAAAUUACACCUCAAGAAGGUAGCGAGAGACAGCUGGGUUGGCCCUCAGUCAAUAUUCCAACCAUCCAAAUAUCUACUAUUGAAGACGCCAAAGAUAUUCAACCAACUGUGCCAGAUGUAAACCAACAUAAACAUUUCAUAAUCCCAAAAAUUGAGAUAAUGGAGCCUGAGCUCAAAGAUAGCACUGUCCUGGAAUUGAAUAAGCCAGAAUCAGAUCUGGCAAUGUUGCAAAACCAUGAUGCAACUCAUAUGUCAGAAAUGAUAAUCCAAGAAUUGAGCGUGACUGAUUCUCCAGGCCCGCCGCCCACGCAGAAAAGUAUGCAGUGUAAUAAUUCACCGACAGAGAAAGUAAAGGAAGUUGCACAAUUACAGGAAGAGACUAAGAUAUUAGAGCAGGGGCAUCCGCACAAGCAAAGCAGUGAACAGCUCCCUCAGAUGGAGAAUGUAAUAAUUCCUGUUAUAAAUGUGUCAUGCACUGAUGACAAGGAGGAUCAUGCAUUUGUAAAUGCCAAUGUUUCCCAUGCACUGGAGCCUUUCGAAACUCCAACCGUGCCUUUGUUUGUGGUGCCACCGAUCUCUGUCACUUGUCAUGAAGGGGAUCCAGGCCUCAGCCUGCCCACACACAGUGAGUGGACAGAAACCGAAACUUCAGAUGCCACGCAAAGGGGAACGAAGCACAAUGGAGUCAAUGACUUGGGGACAAAGCCUGAAAAAAGUCUGAAUAGAAAACAGGCUGAAGAAGUGGUAGAGAAGAUUAUAAAGGAGAACACUUUGCUAUGUGAAGCUCUAACACCAAAGGCUGGCGACAAUGUGCCAUCGUCCAAAAGGACAACAGAAGACAAUACUCUUCCUGAAAUUUCUAAGAUGAAACCUCUUAAAGAGCCCAAAAUAGAGAAUUCAGUGUCUGAGGAAGUGCAGAGAAGCAGACCUUCUGUAGACAGACUCAGCUCCAAACCUCCUGCCCAUCCAUCACUGAGUCCAGGCAGUCUGCGCAAAUUCAUGUCCAAAGCUGUUCAGGACUCAGACAGUGAGACAGGGAUGACUGUCCCUGUCAUCACUAUGGGGGAUCGUCAGAAUGACAGGGCAGACGAAGAUCUCAGUGGAGGCUCCACGCCGACUACGUCCCUCUCCUGUGAAAAUAGUCCCCGGAUGAAACGAAGAGACAGCCUGUCCCUUAUACGCUCUGCCACGCCUGAGGAGCUGGCCUCCGGCGCUCGCCGCAAAAUCUUCAUCCUAAAGCCUAAAGAGGAUGGAGAAGGAGCGGUGCUUGGUGCGCUGGACACUCAAGGCAAGAAGGAGACCCCCUACAUGUCACCCAGCCAGGCUCGCAGGGCGGCGUUAUUACAAGCUCCAAAAGGACAGAAUACCCCCCCAAUGGAGAGGCGCUCUCCGCUGCUGAACCGCAGGAAGGCCACGCUGGAGGUACCAAAGGUCAUGGACGAGACUCCCAAGGAGGAACCAGUCCCAAAGAAAGAGGAAAAACCAGCUGAAAAGAAGCUAGACCCAUUGAAAGCUCCACAGGUGAUUCGAAAGAUCAGGGGUGAGCCCUUCCCAGACGCCUCUGGACAUCUGAAGCUGUGGUGCCAGUUCUUCAACGUACUCACUGACUCCGUCAUCAAGUGGUUCAGAGAGGAGGAAGUGAUACUGGAGGUGAAGAGAAGCGGAGGCGAUGAAAGCCAAGUGGCGCUGGCUAUUGUGCUGGCAUCCAACCAAGACUGUGGGGUAUACGGCUGCACUAUCAAUAAUGAAUACGGGACUGACACCACCGACUUCCUGCUCAGCGUAGACGUUCUCUCAGAUAUUCUGCUAAAAGAUGAUUUGGAAGUGGGAGAGGAGAUCGAGAUGACGCCACUGCUGUUCACCAAAGGCCUGGUGGACUGCGGGAGUUGGGGCGAUAAGUACUUUGGCCGCAUCAUGACCGAAGCGGUGCACCUCGGGGAGGGCUGCGCUCGGAAAGCCAGUAAAGUGAGGGUCAUCUACGGCCUCGAUCCCGUCUUUGACUCCGGAAGCAACUGUAUUAUCAAAAUUAAAAACCCCAUCGCGUACGGGACUAAACAAGAGAGCAACCUGGCUGAGAGGAACCUAGAGAUCACUAAGCAAGAAUGCAAAGUCCAAAACAUGAUACGAGAAUACUGUAAAAUCUUUACGGCAGAGGCGAGAGUGAAUGAGAACUUUGGCUUUUCACUAGAAGUGAUCCCUCAGUAUCUCAUGUACCGGCCUGCAAACUCUGUGCCUUACGCCACAGUGGAGACCAACCUUGAUGGAGUCUUUCAAAAGUAUUGCAUGAUGGAUCCUAAAGGCCAGCUGAUCACACAAACCGUUUCUGAGAUGGAGCAGAAAUGCAGCUCCUUCCAGCACUGGAUCCACGAGUGGACACACGGCAAUCUGCUCGUCACUCGACUGGAAGGUGUCGAAACAAAGCUAACAAACGUUAGAGUUGUGACCAAGUCAAAAGGAUACCAGGGGUUGACAGAGUGCGGCUCUCCCGAAGUGUUCGACCAGUUCCUGACACAGCACCAGUGCAACUACUAUUGUGGACUUCUCUGCCUUCGCUCCCUGAAGCCUAUGGAUAGUCUGCAGCAGUCCACCAAGAUAAAGGGGUCCCGGAGUCCCCUCCUCAACCGCAAGUUAGGCUCAGGCAGCCCGCAGCUGCAGCGUAAAGGACAAAGCCCUCAGAUGUCGAGAAAGGCCACCUCCAGCCCCAAAGUGACCAGAAAGGUUACGGAGACAGAGGACAAUAAAUCAGACACCAAAACAAAACCUGCAGAAACUGCUGAUGCUCCUGAAAUGCAAUAGGAAUACGCUAUUUUGUUCAGGCAAUGUUGAACUGCUUUUAAUGGUUACCUAUAAUCUGUUUCUUUCAAACUACAAAAGCCAGCACGGACAUGAAGAGUAAGAGUUGUCAGAAACAACUCUUACAUCACGACUAUGAAACAUCAGCUCUCUCAGCUACUCAGUUAACUUAUAUCCUUCAAUAUAGUUUAAAGGUUUAUGAGAAUAUGUGGAGUGAUAUAAGCACAAGGUCUUUUGACCUUUUGGUUCAAAAGGUGCCAGCACAGCAAGUUUUUUACUGUAAGAGAAGGAAAAACAUCACAUUGAAACACCUGCUUCAGAGUCUUAUCAGCUCUGUUAAUGGACAAACAUAACAAUCGGCUUCAGAUAUAUAUUGUAUCAUAUCUGCAAGUCGCUCGUCUUUUUUAGUGUUUAUUGAAAAGACUGUGGAGUAUAAAAUAUACACGACCACAACCAUAGCAGUUAUUGAGGUAAUGUCCGCAUAUCCGUAUGAAACACUACAUGUACAUGUGUCGGGUAUACAGUUAUUUUGGAGAUGUUAUUUAUGCUUACAAGUAGAACUGAACUACAUGCAGCAUUUCUUCACAAGGCAAAGUUGAGCUUAUGCUGUGGAAUUACACUUUGGGGUCUAAGAUGCUUGUGUGCACUUUGUUUUGUGGCAUUUUUUUCAAUUUUAGUAGUUUUUGAGUACUAGUAAUUAUUAUAUAGUUUGUCUGUAUCUCUAAUCUGCCCUUUUACACAAUAUAUAGUAUUCAGUAUAUGCUGGAGAAUGUCAAAGUAGCAUAAGGGGCUUACCAUUGAACUCUUUAACUAUGGCGUGCUAAUUAUUAUGAUGAUUUACAUGCAAACAUGUGAGUGUGUUUCCGGCAGUUGGUAAGUCUUCACACAGAGGUCCACACAGCAAUUGGAAACUGUACUAUGGACUGUGCGAUAAGGUUACUGAGAGAGUAGACUCUGUCUGCUGCCUCACUGAUCACUUGCUAAGGCUCGCCACAUGAAAUCACAAUAAUCACCCUUUCGCUGAACAACAGACCGGUGGGUUUUGCUUGAGUAGUGUGUGGUCAACAAUUACCAGCAUUUUGAAUGGAAAUAAAAACAAUCUCAUAAAUUUGCACAGAGAUCCACAGUUAAAUUGCAAAAGACGCAGUUUACAAGAGAUGUCACCUCUUCCCUUUGACGAGAAAUCUAGAGGAAUGUCUUCCAUUGAUUCUUAGUUGAUGAUCAACAGUAGAGUCCAGAGGUCCGCCCUUAAAGUUCUGCUGUUUUCAUGUAAUUGCAUGACUCCUUAUGAAUGAAAGGAAACACAAUUUUAGGAGAAAUAUUUGAAAUGGAAUCUGAUAAAAUUAGUCAACUGAUGACGUUAUGCUGUGGUGUCAUGCGAGCACAUUGUCUUAUUGUGUUAACGUGUACAUAAAGUCGGAGGACGACAUAUCUAAAGUAAUGUGAAGCAAAGCAGCAAGUGUGUGAGGGAGAGCAUGAAUGAGUGACUGAAUAAAUGUGU